AUGUUGAGUGCUACAUAUGUCAUCUUGACACUCGUCGCAUUUUUCACUGUGAGACAGGUGAUCAUCACCAUCAAGAGGCGCAAAUUUGCGAGAGAACAUGGCUGCCAAAAUUUUACCAAAACCGUAGGAAUGGUGCUGGUAAUUGACAAUAUUAAAAAGGUCUACAAAGCUCGUCGCGAGGGUAGACUCACGGAGCAGUUGCAGGAAUCUUAUGACCUUUAUGGAGUGGACACUUUUCAGGCUCGUGCCAUUGGAACGCUGGCGGUGUUCACUCGUCACCCUGAGAACAUUAAGGCGAUGAUUGCAACUCAAUUCGACGACUUUGAUAUUGGAAAACGCCAGCAAGUGUUUAGACCCUUGUUAGGUUUUGGUAUCUUUGCUGCGGAGGGACAAAGAUGGAAACAUUCAAGAGCAAUGUUGCGGCCUCAAUUUGCUCGGGAGCAGGUUGCUCACGUCCAGCUGCUUGAAGUUCACUUGCAGAAUUUCGUCAAGCUCAUAAAAGAGCAAAAUGGCAGUUUUUUCGAUAUCCAGCAUUUGUUUCACCGGUUGACAAUGGAUGCCAGUACCGAAUUUCUCUUUGGUGAAUCUGUGGGUUCGUUGAAAUCACCCAAUAAUGAAUUUGAGGCUGCUUUUAACACCUCCCAACACUACUUGACCAUGAGAGCUACUCUUCGUGGAGCCUACUUUCUCGUUAAUCCCAAAGAAUUCAGAGAUGCCAACGAAGUUAUCUUCAAGACCGUUCGUUAUUACGUCAACAAGGCCCUCAAUACCAGUCCCCAGGAGCUCGCUAAGCAAACAGAAGAGGGCUACACUUUUCUUUAUCAGCUCGUGAACCAAACUAGAGACCCCCAAGUACUUCAGGACGAAAUGUUGAGUAUUAUGUUGGCUGGUAGAAACACCACCGCCAGUCUUUUAUCGUUCCUUUUCUUGGAACUUUCCCGCAACAAGCACAUCUGGAAAAAGCUUCGUGAAGAGGUUCAUGAACACUUUGGAAACGGAGAAAAUGCCCGGUUGGAAGAUAUUACUUUUGAAUCGAUGAAACGGUGCAACUACUUAAAAUGGGUCAUCAAUGAAACUCUCCGUAUGUAUCCCUCGGUUCCUACCAAUUUCAGGCAUGCUGCCAAAGAUACGACGCUUCCUAGAGGUGGAGGACCCACUGGUGACUCGCCGGUUUUCAUCAAAAAGAAUACCGACGUCUACUACACCAUCUACAGUACUCACAGAAUGAAAGAGUACUAUGGAAAAGAUGCGGAGGAGUUCCGUCCAGAGAGAUGGGCCGAUUUGAAGAAUAUCGGUUGGGCAUAUAUGCCGUUCAGUAGCGGUCCUAGGAUAUGUUUGGGACAGCAGUUUGCUCUCACCGAGGCAUCUUACAUCACUAUUCGUCUAGCACAAAUUUUCACCGAGUUGGACACUAGCGACCAUGCGUACCCGCCUUUGAAAAUUGCCAAUGCCACAAUGAGACCAAUGAACGGAGUGAAUGUUAGAUUUCAAUGA